GUUGGAUUUGGGCCGGGGAGCCGGGACCCGAGGAGCUCAGAGAUGAGAGCCCGGCCUUGGCGGCCUUCGUCUUCCAGAGAGGAGGCUCAGAUGAGCCCCUGCUGACUUGAGAGAGUGAGAGAGAGUGAGAGACCAAGCCCAUUGCUGCGAGGAACUGGAAGAAGAAGGAAAAAAGCCCCAGCUCACUGAGCAGUGCUCGCUCCUCACCAUGAGCAGCGCUGUGUUGGUGACUCGCCUCCCGGAUGCCAGCAGCAGCUUCCAUGAAGAUGCCCCUCGGCCCCCUGUUCCAGGGGAAGAAGGGGAGACCCCAGUGUGCCAGCCAGGCGUGGGCAAGGGCCAGGCCACCAAGCCCAUGCCUGUCUCCUCCAACGCCAGGAGGAAUGAAGAUGGUUUAGGGGAACCUGAGGGGCGGGCAUCCCCCGAUUCUCCUCUGACCAGGUGGACCAAGUCCUUACACUCCUUGUUGGGUGACCAGGACGGUGCUUACCUCUUCCGGACUUUCCUGGAGAGGGAGAAAUGUGUGGAUACCCUGGACUUCUGGUUCGCCUGCAAUGGAUUCAGGCAGAUGAACCUGAAGGAUACCAAAACUUUGCGAGUAGCCAAAGCCAUCUACAAGAGGUACAUCGAGAACAACAGCAUUGUCUCCAAGCAGCUGAAACCUGCCACCAAGACCUACAUAAGAGAUAACAUCAAGAAGCAGCAGAUCGACUCCAUCAUGUUUGACCAGGCGCAGACUGAGAUCCAGGCGGUGAUGGAGGAAAAUGCCUACCAGAUGUUUUUGACUUCUGAUAUAUACCUCGAGUACGUGAGGAGUGGGGGAGAAAACACAGCUUACAUGAGUAGCGCGGGACUGGGAAGCCUGAAGGUCCUGUGUGGCUACCUUCCCACCUUGAAUGAAGAAGAGGAAUGGACUUGUGCCGACUUCAAGUGCAAACUUUCACCUACAGUGGUGGGCUUAUCCAGCAAAACUCUGAGGGCCACAGCAAGCAUGAGGUCUACGGAAACCAUUGAAAAUGGAUACAGGUCCUUCAAGAGGAGCGAUCCUGUGAAUCCCUAUCAUGUAGGUUCCGGCUACGUCUUUGCACCAGCCACCAGCGCCAAUGACAGCGAGAUUUCCAGCGAUGCUCUGACGGAUGACUCCAUGUCCAUGACGGACAGCAGCGUAGAUGGGAUCCCUCCUUACCGUGUGGGGAGUAAGAAACAGCUGCAGAGAGAAAUGCAUCGCAGUGUGAAGGCCAAUGGCCAAGUGUCUCUACCUCAUUUCCCGAGAACGCACCGUCUGCCCAAGGAGAUGACCCCCGUGGAACCCGCCACCUUCGCGGCCGACCUCAUCUCCAGGUUGGAGAAGCUGAAGCUGGAGCUGGAGAGCCGCCAUAGCCUGGAGGAGCGGCUACAGCAGAUCCGAGAGGAUGAAGAGAAGGAGGGGUCUGAGCCGACGUUGAGCUCACGGGAUGGGGUGCCCACCCAGCACCCCCUGUCCCUCCUGCCCUCUGGCAGCUAUGAGGAGGAUCCACAGACGAUCCUGGAUGACCACCUGUCCAGAGUCCUCAAGACCCCUGGCUGCCAGUCCCCGGGGAUGGGCCGCUAUAGCCCCCGCUCCCGCUCUCCGGACCACCACCACCACCACCACCAGUCACAGCACCUUCUCUCACCGGGGGCCAAGCUGCCGCCUGCCGCCACCUGCCAGCUCCUGGGGGGCAAAGGCUUCGUGACCAAGCAGACGACAAAGCACGUCCACCACCACUACAUCCACCACCAUUCGGGGCCCAAGACCAAGGAGGAGAUGGAGGCAGAAGCCACACAGAGGGUGCGCUGCUUCUGCCCGGGGGGCUCAGAGUAUUACUGCUACUCGAAAUGCAAGAGCCACCCCAAGGCUCCGGAGCCCGUGCCCGGGGAGCAGUUUGGUGCAACCAGAAGCAGCACUUUGCCCAGACGAAAUGGGAAAAGCACGGAGCCGGGCCUGGCACUGCCAGUCAGGGAAGGAGGGCCCCCCGGGGGAGCCGGAAGUCUGCAGCUCCCCGCCGAGGAAGGAGACCGGUCGCAGGAUGUCUGGCAGUGGAUGCUGGAAAGUGAGCGGCAGAGCAAGCCCAAGCCUCACAGUAUCCAGAGCGCUAAAAAGGCCUACCCCUUGGAGUCAGCCCGGGUGUCCCCAGGAGAGCGAGUCGGCCGGCACCACCUGUGGGGGAGCAGCGGGCACCCCCGCACAGCGCCCCGCACCCACCCGUUUACCCAGGACCCUGCCAUGCCUCCCCUCACCCCACCCAACACGCUGGCACAGCUGGAGGAGGCCUGCCGCAGGCUGGCGGAGGUGUCGAAGCCCCCAAAGCAACGGUGCUGUGUGGCCAGUCAGCAGAGGGACAGGAACCACUCAACCACAGGUCAGGCGGGAGCCCCGUCCUUCUCCAGCCCAAGCCUGGCUCCAGAAGAUCACAAAGAGCCAAAGAAAUUGGCAGGUGUCCAUGCGCUGCAGGCCAGUGAAUUGGUUGUCACUUACUUCUUCUGUGGAGAAGAGAUUCCAUACAGGAGGAUGCUAAAGGCUCAGAGCUUGACGUUGGGCCACUUUAAAGAGCAGCUCAGCAAAAAGGGAAAUUACAGGUAUUACUUCAAAAAAGCAAGUGAUGAGUUUGCCUGUGGAGCGGUUUUUGAGGAGAUCUGGGACGACGAGACCGUGCUGCCCAUGUACGAAGGCAGGAUUCUGGGCAAGGUGGAGAGGAUCGAUUGAGCCUCGGGGGUCUGGCUCUGGGACGCCGUGGAACCCGAAGCUCAUGCGACCUGUCUUCAGCCUAGAACAACAGCCACAACACAUCUUGAAGGAAAAUUAAAACCAAUGAAGAAAACAACACAUCCAAUCUAGGGAAACAUUGGCCAUUGGGGCCUUGGGGAGGGCGGGGGUGGGGCUGAUUUUUCACUCUUCACGAGCUGGGUACUGAGAUAAGAAAAGCCUGAACUAUUUAUUAAAAACAUGACCACUCUUGGCUUAUUGAAGAUGCUGUGUUUGAGAGACUGCCAUACAUAAUAUAUGACUUCCUAGAGAUCUGAAAUCCAUAAACUAAGAGAAACUGUGUAUAGCGUACCUGAACGGGAAUCUUUACUGAUAUUUAUUGAACAAUUCUUUCUCCCAUCCCCAAUUUUUGGAUAUGCUGCUUUAAACACAGAAGGGGGAGAGAGGACGUUUUUAAGUUGUCCUGUCUGAACUUAGGAGCUGAGCAUUACGAGUGCAUUAAUAAUGAUUUAUUUUUUUCAUUAACACAGGAACAGGCUGUGCACUGUAUUUCUCUUAAGUGAUGACAGACUUUUUAAAUAAUGGUGCCCUCCCAUAGAUAAUACGCAGAAAUUGGUGCAUUUCCCCCCGCCCCCCCCCACGCUGCUCUACUCUCCUGAAGGUCUUGCGGGCUGUCUGUGUGACACUGUCAGCACCACCUUGGGGUGGUCAUGUUGGAUGGGGUGAUCCAUCUUGAAGAAAGGGGAGCCUUCGCCCUGAGACUGGGUCUACACUUCUGUAGCGUUCCCCUUCUCCCCUCCAGUCCUGAGGCCCAGUUAGCCGAGACCUGCUGGAAGCCCGUUUGUGGUUCAGACUUGUGCAUUUCGUGAAGUGACAGUUCCUUGUUUUCAUUUCAUUUUUUUUAAAUGAGUGUUUGGACCACAGCUAUUCAGGACACUUCCCCUACCCAGCUACCCGCGGGGAGACCUAGCAGCGCCUCUCCUCCCAACCCUUUCGGUUUGAUGUCUGGGUUUUGUGUUAAGUGAAUCUGUACAUUCUGUUUACCGUUGUUCCUUGUACUAUACGUCUGUAUAUAGUGUACGGCAGAGUUUUAAUCCACUAUCUCUAGUGCUUGACUUUGAAUCAGUACAGUACCUGUACCAGCACGGGGAGCUGUCCCGUGUGUCGCCCUAUAUUGAGGGUUAAGCUUUCCCUUGUUUUUUGAAAGGGGUUUAUGUAUAAAUAUAUUUUAUGCCUUUUUAUUACAAGUCUUGUACUCAAUGACUUUUGUCAUGGCAUUUGUCCUACUUAUACUGUAAAUUAUGCAUUAUAAAGAGUUCAUUUAAGGAAAAUUACUUGGUACAAUAAUUAUUGUAAUUAAGAGAUGUAGCCUUUAUUAAAAUUUUAUAUUUU